CAGGAGCUGACCCUGCGGCGGCGCGGCGCUCGGCUUUCCCUCGGAUCUCCGCUGCCCGGGCAAAUGCAUACAAAUGCAUUUGGGAGCCGAGAGGACAAGGCGAGGACGCAUCUCUCCCGCGGCACAAACGAAAGCUCUCCUUUUUAUUGCAACAUGUAUAGCUGUGGGUAUUGCACAAGUACCCAAACAAGCAAUAGAUGUUCUUCAUCAACUGGGCCUUGUGAAAGAUGCUCAAGAGCCCUCAGAGACAACAGAGCCUUCUGCAUCAUCUCUGUUACCUCAGGGUGUUCGUCUAACUGCAUCGGGAGUUGUACUAACUAGUGAUGCACAUAUUGAGUCCCCCAUCAUUCAAGUCAUACCAUCAAACCUAGGGCAUCAGUUCACCAUAUUGGUUGGGUUGUACUCUUACAGAGUCAAUAAUGCUUUCCUCUUCAGUAUUAGGAACAAAAGUAGACUGCAGUUUGGUGUCCAGCUGCUACCGAGAAAGGUAGCAGUGUACACUGGAGGGAAGCAGUCUGUAUACUUCAGUUAUAGUGUUCAUAAUGAACAGUGGCAUUCAUUUGCCAUUGGCAUUGGAGACAAGACUGUCUCAAUAUAUGCUGAAUGUGGAAAGAAGUACUAUAGCAGUGAAGUACUUUCUGAAGUGGAGACAUUUGAUUUGGAUGGUGUAUUUACUCUGGGAAGGAUGAACUCUCGGUCUGUCAGCUUUGAAGGAGUUAUAUGUCAGCUAGAUAUUAUUCCCUCUGCAGAAGCCUCUGCAAACUAUUGUAAAUAUGUGAAACAGCAGUGUCGCCAGGCUGAAACGUAUCGAUCUCUGCCAGGAGCUCCACUUGUGUCAGAUGGGCUGGAUAUUUUUUCAAAGAUGAUCAUUGAUGAGGAACACCGGGAAGAUAUAUCAGCUUAUAGAUGGAAGGAAGCAUCAAACAUGCCUGUUACCAAUGUUGCUCAGAUUCACUUUCUACCAGACCACUUUGAGGCAAGAAAUGCCUCUGCGUUGGAGUUUGCAGAGACCAAACCUCCAUUGCUGGAAGCUUGGCCUGAAACAGAACUCCAGGAGAAUGUCAAUCUGCCUCUUCAGCAGCAGAUGAGCAAAAAAAGAAACAUCACUAAAACUCCUGCAGGACCAAAUCCAGAUAGUUCAGCUAAUACCACAGAAGAAGCAGGCAGACAAAGUGAGCCUUCUCUGAUCUCUCCUGUAAAACAGAGUAAAACUAAAAGCAAGGGAACGGAAAAAGCAAAACAGCAUUUAGAUGCGCUAAGCAAAAAGCAGCAAAUCUUCAACACAACCCUGUACAGUUUGCCUGCUGAGCUCCCUCUGGAUAAUCAACUCAGUGCAGGGCAGGAAGGUGCACUUGAUGCUGAUGAGACUUAUCAUACAGAAAGCAGUUAUGAAAUUGGUAUUAAUAAUUAUGCUUAUGACUAUGAAGAUCUUGGCAAAAUAUUUGAAAUGGGAAGUGUCAGAGGUCCAAAGGGGGAAACCGGACCUCCUGGUCCUCCAGGUCCUCCAGGUUUACCUGGUCCUUCAGGAAAGAGAGGUCCUCGGGGUAUUCCAGGACCACAUGGUAACCCAGGUUUGCCAGGAUUGCCAGGUCUCAAGGGCCCUAAAGGAGACCCAGGAUUCUCUCCAGGACGGGCAAAACGUGGGGAAAAGGGCGAUCCAGGCCCCAUAGGCUUUCCAGGUCCACCUGGGAUCAAAGGCCAGAAGGGUCUUAAAGGUUAUCCAGGACUGCGAGGGCCACGGGGAGAGCAGGGCUUAGCUGGACCAGAAGGUAACCCAGGUCCUAAAGGUGUAAGAGGUUUCAUUGGACCUCCAGGUGUGGCAGGACAACCAGGACCUGAAGGAGAAAGGGGCAUCCCAGGCUUACGUGGAAAAAGAGGUCCUAAAGGGAGACAGGGUUUUCCAGGUGACUUUGGAAAUAGAGGCCCUCCCGGUCCAGAUGGAAGUCCUGGAAUUGUUGGUGGGGUUGGUCCUCCUGGAUUUCCAGGACUAAGAGGAAGCAUUGGGCCAGCAGGACCAAGUGGACCAUCAGGAAUUCCGGGGCCCACGGGUUUCCCAGGGAGUGUGGGACAGCCUGGAAUGAAAGGUGAUAAGGGUGAACAUGGCCUUGCAGGAGAGCCAGGAGACCAGGGGUACCCAGGAGAUAAGGGUGCUCUUGGUUUACCAGGACCCCCAGGGAUCAGAGGAAAACCAGGACCCCCAGGGAAAAUUGGAGACCCUGGACCCCAUGGACCAUUGGGUCCUCAGGGACCUGAGGGUUUUCCAGGAGAUAUUGGUGUACCUGGAUUAAAUGGCCCCGAAGGUCCUAAGGGACUUCUGGGUGACCGAGGGCCUCCAGGGCCACAGGGCCCCAAAGGAGUUGAGGGAGAAGUAGGACCAGCUGGACCUAUGGGAGGAGUUGGCCCAAGAGGAAAGCCAGGAGAGAAAGGGUAUAUAGGUGAUCCUGGACCAGAAGGUUUAAAGGGAGAACAAGGAGAUCAAGGAAAGCUUGGAAAAAAUGGUGUAGCAGGAUCAACUGGCUUACCUGGAGAAGCUGGGCCAUCUGGAAGCCUUGGUGAAAAGGGAGAGCGAGGCAGUCCGGGACCUGUAGGUCCUCCUGGAGAAAAAGGUGUCAUGGGCUAUCCAGGACCCCCAGGAGGCCCUGGACCUGUGGGGCCAGAGGGAUUACCUGGAUCUUCAGGGCCACGAGGACCAUCAGGGCCGCAGGGACCUAAGGGAAGAAGGGGGCCAAGAGGUCCAGAUGGUCCUCCGGGAGAACUGGGAACAGAAGGCAUUAAGGGAGAAAGAGGUGAUCCAGGAAAGAAAGGAGUUCCUGGGCUCAUUGGUAAAGCUGGAAAUCCAGGAGAAAGGGGAGAUCAGGGUGCACUUGGUUUGCUUGGGCCUCCCGGAACCACAGGAGACAGGGGACCAAUGGGAGAACCAGGUCCAAGAGGACAACCAGGGGAUGCUGGCCCUAAUGGAGAAAUGGGUUUUGAGGGACCUCCUGGCCCUGAAGGAGAAGCUGGCCUACGGGGGGAACCAGGUGCAAAGGGAGACAUUGGACAUGCUGGGAAGUCUGGAGAACCAGGCGAUCAAGGUUUAAGGGGUGAACCAGGACCUCCAGGAGAAGAUGGUGUUCAAGGAAAAGAUGGCACAAAGGGAGACCCUGGAGACCAGGGACUUGUUGGAGAAGGUGGUGAAAAAGGAGAGAUGGGGUUACUAGGAAUUGUUGGGCCCCCUGGUGAACCUGGCAUAAUGGGCAUUCCUGGCCCUGAAGGAACACCAGGAAAUCCAGGUCAGAGGGGCCGUUUAGGAAAAAAGGGGGAAAAGGGGCAGCUUGGCCCUCCGGGAGAAAUUGGACCUGCUGGUGAUGCUGGCCAGCCUGGAGAAAUUGGUCCCAAAGGUGCAAGAGGAACUCGAGGUCCCAUGGGACACCCAGGAGAAAUGGGGCCUGAAGGAGAGUCCGGAAUUCCAGGUUAUGGGGGUCACCAGGGUUCUCCAGGGCCCACAGGGCUCCCAGGCCCCAAAGGAGAAAAGGGCUACCCAGGUGAAGACAAUACAGUCCUUGGACCACCAGGGCCCAUAGGUGAACCAGGUCCUAGUGGUGAACAUGGAGAUAGAGGAGAACCUGGUGAUGAGGGCUACAAGGGUCAUAUAGGUCUUCCAGGGCUUAGAGGACCUACUGGACAGCAAGGGCCUCCAGGAGAGCCAGGUGAACUGGGAGAGCAAGGACCAAAAGGAGAAAGAGGUUCAGGAGGACCCACAGGGAAGAAAGGAGCGAUGGGUCAGGCAGGCAAACCUGGAAUUCCUGGAAAACUGGGGCCAGCAGGGCAGAAAGGAGCAGUUGGGUACCCUGGACCAGAAGGCAUUCCUGGGAACCCUGGCAAGACUGGGCUGUUGGGGAAGCCUGGCCCUAAGGGUAAUAAAGGAAACUCAGGCUUACCAGGUCUGGCAGGUUAUCCUGGAGCUCGAGGUCCCAAGGGAUUGUCAGGCAUGCCAGGGCCCAUGGGAGCACCUGGACUAAAGGGUGAGAAAGGACUUCUAGGUCAUCCAGGAAAGCGAGGCAAAAGAGGCCUUCCAGGAUCACAAGGUGACCAAGGACCAGCAGGAGACACUGGACUGAAAGGACAGGCUGGAGAAGAUGGAGAUCAAGGUUUAAUGGGGUUUCAAGGAUUCCCGGGUCCAAAAGGUCCUGCAGGGGACAUUGGCUUAUUUGGAAUUCUGGGCCCAAAAGGUCCAACAGGCCAAGUUGGAUAUAUUGGCCCUGUUGGUCAAGAAGGUGUAACAGGCCCAGCUGGCAGGCCUGGACCGAGAGGUGAAAAGGGCACAAGGGGUGAAAUGGGUCCUCAGGGACUGCAGGGCCAGCCAGGGCCACCUGGACCACCUGGACCCCCAGGACCAAGGAAACAAGUGGACCUCAAUGCUGCUGUUCAAGCUUUAUUUGAGACAAAUGCUGCCCUGCAGAUGGAGAAAUACCAGAAUACUGAAGUAACUUUACUAGAUCACAGUACAGAGAUAUUCAAAACACUCCACUACCUUAGCAAUUUACUGCACAGCAUCAAGAAUCCUCUUGGCACACGGGAUAACCCAGCACGCAUCUGCAGGGAUUUGCUUAAUUGUGAACGUAAAGUGUCAGAUGGAAAAUACUGGAUUGACCCAAACAUUGGAUGUCCUUCUGAUGCCAUUGAAGUUUUCUGCAACUUCACUGCAGGUGGUCAGACAUGUUUAACACCACUGUCUGUGACAAAGCUGGAGUUUGGCGUUGGAAAAGUGCAGAUGAACUUCCUUCAUUUACUGAGCUCAGAAGCAACCCACAGCAUCACAGUUCAUUGUCUGAACACACCACUGUGGGGAUUAAAUAAAGCAGGUGGCCGGAAGACAUCAGUUACCUUUAAAGGAUGGAACGGUCAAAUAUUUAAAGCAAAUACACUUCUUGAACCAAAGGUCCUUAUGGAUGAAUGCAUGAUUGAAGAUGGCAGCUGGCGUAAGACACAGUUCUUUUUUCACACUCAGGACACUAGGCAGCUUCCAGUGGUUCAAGUUAAUGCACUUCCUCACCUCAAACCAGGACAGCAGCACUUCGUAGAAAGUGGUUCAGUGUGCUUCCUUUAAGGUUUCUGUCCGGUUUUUCUUUCAUCAACAUGGAGGUUCUGCAUAGAUUGAAUGCAAAAGUAAUGAUCCAUUACAGGCAAAAUGACUAGGAAACUAAGAAUCAUUUUAAAUACUGUUGGUUAAAGAACCUCAGGAAGAAAAAGACUUCCUCCUUAGGAGAAAUAGCAUUGAAAAAUAAAAGAAAGAGAGAAAAGACUGCAACAAUUUUCUUAAAGUAUUUAAAAAUAAAUUUCUUGGUGCUUUCUUGCAUAAUUUCCUGGAAUGGAGUAUCUGAACAUGGAUUUUUCAGGACAUCAAGUGUUCUUAACAAUUUCUUUAACACCACUGCAAAAAAAUCAUCCUGAGAAAAGCUGGAGGCAUAUGAUCCUAAGGGAGCAAUAUCUGCUAAUGCUCCUGAAUGUGCAAUAGCUUAUAUAUGAAAAGUGAAUCAUGCCACAGUACAGUACGUCUUCUUUUCUUAAACAUUGUUUUAUUCUAGUCCUUUGUGGACACACACAUCUGAACAGAUGGCACACUACCUCUUUUGUGUUUCCUGUCCGUGUUGCCUUGGUGCUUUUCAUAACACAAGGUGCUUGUGGCCUUAGCAGAGAUUAUUUGAGUCCCUUUUCUUUCAGACUGUAUGUGCUGGUUACAUCAGGAUAUGUUUCUGUUGUAAAGGUACUUAUUUUAAAUUGUCGGUCACAUACUUCACUACAAUGAAAACAUUAUUUAUGUGGAUUUCUUGUUUAAAAUAUUUUUGUGUACUAUUUUGGAAAAUGGUAUAUAGGACAGCAUAUUGUAUAUGAUGCAUAUAUUCAGAACAGUUUACUUUACAGCCAUUGUAAAAAUUCUUGUAGAAGAGCUGCCUAAAGUAGUUUUGAGUUUUAGAGUCUGUAUUUCAGUUAACAUUGUUAAUGCCAAAGCCAGCUUCAGAUGAUACAUUCUGUAUAUAUUUUGUCACUUCUGAAAAAAUCUACUACAGCGUAUCUUUUGGAUGGCUGCUGUUAAACUACAAACAGCAUUUCAUCCUCUUAGAAAUUCCAUUUUUUUGCAAAGUUAUCAGAUCAUUUUGGGGUUUUUUAAUUAAUUCUAAAAUGUUCAACCAAAUUUUUUUAGUAAAAAAGAACAAUUUUACCAUUAGCAAAAGCACUCUUUAUAUUUAUAUGCCUCUACCUAUUAUCAAUUCAAAGCGUGCUCAGGAGUACAUGGCAGGGUGAUGCCAGACUGUAGCGGGGAGCAGGGGAGUGUUCGAAUAACUUGUCUGCUUGAUCUUCAGGAAACCACACUUACCAAAGUAUAAUAAAAUAAGCUUCUAAGCUAUCUGUUUGUCUUUUACUAUUCUGUUUCGUAUCGUGUAGGUCAUUUUUAGUAAGGAUGAAAAUCCUCUGAAAGGGCACUUCUGUUAGGUGGCAGUACUUGUCUUCCCAAGGGGAAAUGCAUAUUCUCUAUGCCAUGGUACUACCAGGGGGACAGUGUCUGCUCUUACAAGGUAA